GUGUAAUCGCAAAAAUAUGAUGUUAGAGCGAACAGACAUUAUUAAUUGGUGACAGAGGUAUUUAAGGUCAAUCAAGAAAUAUCGCCAACAAAAUUGUAAUCUAUUUAGAUGAGAGUUGGGUCAAUGUGUGUCAUACCAUGAAUUAUGCUUGGUGUGACAAUACUAGAGUAUAGAGAAUUACAAAAUUUUGUGAACUCCUGUGUGAGAACCGAGAAAAGGGCAUAUUUGGCAAGUACAUUUAAGGCUGAUCGUAAAAAUUUUUGCCGUACUUUGAGACUUCGAGUGCACGGUAAUCCUACUUUAAUGUUGGAAAACAAUUUUGGCCGACCUAAUAGUUUUAAUGUUGCUUUUACUUCUUUUGGAGGUAUUGGUGGUAUUGGUCCGGGGUUUGUUAUUAAUUAUUAUAUUAUAAUAAUAAUAAAUAUUAAUUAAUUAAUUAAUUAAUUAAAUUAUUAUUAUUAAUAAACAAUUUGGUUCUAAUUCAUUCCGUUUUGCUAAAGUUUACCCUCAGAAAGUUAAUAAAACUUUGAUUAGUAUUAAAACUAACGCUCAUGGCUCAGACAAUAUUGAUAUAAAAAUGAUUCUUUUGACUACUCCAUAUUUCGUCGAUCAUAUCACUUUCUUUGUUAACAAAUGUCUGCUGUCCGCGGUUUUUCCGGACUCAUGGAAGCAAGCCGAAGUUAUACCCGUACCAAAGAAGUGUCCAAGUGGUAUUAACGAUUUUGGACCAAUCAGUUUGUUGCCAACCCUCUCAAAGAUUAUUAAAAAAAUUGCAGCUAAACAACUUCGUGCUUAUUGCAGUAUUGUCUAUUGGUCAGCUAUACUUAAUCGAGAUAAGGAAAGACUCCAACGACUUCAGAAUGCUUGUAUUCGAUUUAGUUUUAGUCUCAGAAAGUAUGAUCAUAUUUCCCAGUGUGAUUCGGGUUGGCUCAAGCUGGAGGACCGAUAUAAAGUUCAGUUAGCCACCUUUGUUUUUUUACUAAACUCCAAUAAGAACCCGUCGUACUUGUUUGAUAAACUUUGCAGAGGAAAUGAUAUUCAUAAUCGUGACACCCGUCAUUGUUUAAGAUAUUGCGUUGCUAGACACACGUCGGUAACUUUCCAGAGAUCUUUUAGCUAUAACGCAGUUACAUUAUUUAAUGAUAUGCUAUAACGUCCUUGCCCACAAUAAAGUCCUUCAAAAAAGUGUUAAUAUGGUUUAUUAGGCCCGCCUAACUAACAAAAGCAUAUGAGUUUAUGAUGUUAUUAUUAUUAUUAUUAUUGUUAUUGUUCUUAUUACUACAAUAGACAAAAAAUUUUGUUAUGGAUAAAGCUUUCUGUAAAUUUAGGUAUCCAGUGACCUCAUGGAAAAAAAACGAAAUUCAAGAUUUUUAUUUCUCUUCUUCAUCUGGUUGGCGGCUUCUUCAGAGCUCAAUAACUGUUUCAGUUAGGCUCUCAAGAAACCAACAGGAUGAUUGACUCAACAACAACCGAGACAGGAGCAAUCCAUAAGUUUUGCAAAUAUUAUUACAGUAGUCUGUGGGAGUUUCUUUGAAAAAAGAAAUUCAAGAUUGGGUGGCCGGAAACAAACAUUUCCUUUGAACACUCCUACUUGAAAUUAGAGCUGCCGGAAGUUUCCCGCGCGUACAGAAAUGAGUGUGACAAAUAUAAAAUUGGAUUGGAUGCUUUACUCAAGUAAAGCGAUAUGUGGCAAUGAACAACUCCGAUUUCAAUACAAAAUAUAUUUGUUCAUUGGUAGAUGAAGCAUUAAAGCAUGCUACUCAACAAAAUUGGAGUAAAAAUUAUGUUCAACGUGUCAAAGAAAAAGAGAUAUUCUCCAAGACAGCGUAAUUCCGGCAACAGUUCUGAGAAAGACAUUGACAUUUCUGAUCUCGAGGUCACUGAUAUAAUAGAGGCAAUGGCGCCGCGGACAACAGCCACACUCCAGUACAAAUUUAAGUGACGCGUUUUCGUGAUAUUUGUUAGUUUCGAAUAUAUUUACCCGCCGUCAUGGCUAGUUUGCAAAAUUAUCCAGGCAGCAGACUCCUGGAAAGUCUCGGCCCGUACACCACCCUUAACGUGGACCAACUGAAUUUCGUGGCAGCUCAAUUUUUCGCGCUGGGAUUGGCAGCCCUGUACCGCACGGUGUUUCGUCCCGAAAAGGUGAGCCCCAGCAUCAGGCACGCGUUCGGACUGCUCUUCGGUCUGUGGAUGGGAUAUUUCUGUUUCGGGUACCACGCAGUUCAUUUGGCGGGGUUGCCGGCCGUAUGUUAUCUGGUGAUCCUGACACAAAACCCCCAAGUGGUCCACGGCGCCGUGCUCUUCGUCGCCAUGUUGUAUUUGUCGUGCGUGCAUCUGCACCGUCAGUGCUUCGCUGACUCCUCUUACGGCCUGGACAUCAGCGGUCCCUUGAUGGUCAUCACUCAAAAGGUCAGCAGUCUCGCGUUCAGCCUCCACGACGGCCUGGUGAAGAGGGAGCGCGACAUGACGCCGUCCCAGAAGCUUUACGCUAUCAAGAAGGUGCCCAGCCUGUUGGAGUUUUUCAGCUACUCCAUGAUGUUCCCGUCGCUGAUGGCGGGCCCGGUCAUAUUCUACAAUGACUACAUUGCGUUCAUAGAGGGCGGCAUGUGUGCCGGUACGAAAAAACCGCCCCUCGACGCGAAACGGGUCAUCUUGCGCGAUCCUAGCCCGGCAAGGGCGGUCUUCCGAAAAGUGUGCGCGGCGGUGGUCUGCGCCCUGGUCUUCGUCCUUUUCCUUCCCACAUUUCCGAUAUCCAAAAUCAAAGAAGGCCCGUUCGUCGACGACACUAGUCUCGGCUACAAAUUAUGGUACCUGACGGCGGCCACGGCCGUAGUACGCGCCAAAUACUACUUCGCUUGGUGUCUAGCGGACGCGGCCUGCAACAACGCCGGGCUAGGUUUCUCCGGGUACUCCCCCGACGGUACGCCGCUGUGGGAUAGGUUCUCGAACGUCGACAUCGUCGGGUUCGAGUGCGGCACCAGCUUGAAGGAAAGCAUCGACUCGUGGAACAAGGGUACCAACCGUUGGCUGAGGUUUUUAGUGUACGACAGGGUGAGCAGUCGCGCCACCUUGCUGACGUUCGCUCUCAGCGCCAUCUGGCACGGUUUCUAUCCCGGGUACUAUUUGACGUUCCUAGGGGGCGCACUGUUCACGUUCGCGUCGCGCACGGUGCGCAGGCGCGUUCGAGACCAUUUCGCGGCGUCCCGCGAGUCGAAGUUGUUUUACGACACUUCGACGUUCGUCGCGACUCGCCUCGUAAUGGCUUACGUCACGUAUCCGUUCGUGUUGCUCGAGUUUUGGCCGAGCGUCGUCCUCUACAACAAGCUGGGGUGGUUUUUGCACGGCGUCGCGGCGGCCUUGGUCGCCUUCGGCCCGCGCCUGAUCCCCAAGUACGAAGAUGCCGGGAGGAAGAACGAAAUAGCGAUGGUGUUGAGGAGGGCGGGGCCUUAUUCGGACGCCGUGGGCCGGAUCGACUGAUUUUUUUAUUUGUUUCGUUACGUUGUAGAUGAAUGUCUUGUUGAUUGGCUUCCGCGUUUUUUGUUGCCAAUGGCCAAUAUUGAGAGCCCGGUGGAAACGACGUAAUUUCUCAAUUUGUUUACGUUAAUAUUGCAACCUAUAGAUUUAACCUUUACAAAAAAUGUAAAUAAAGUCAAAAUCACGAAAGAUGACACUUCAAAGUGCAAACAAAACUCAGCGACGCUCGGGGAAAAUUAUAAAUUAUGUUUAAAAAAAUGUUUAAAAAACUUAAUUUGAAUUUGUAACCUAAAUGUAGGAUAAUUUGGUUGUAAAAGAUGAAUAUGAUUAACAAAAAAUAUGCCAAUAAACAUUUUGUUUAAAAAACUGCGAGAAUUGCCAAAUUUAUGCGGAAAAAUUAGGAAUUAGUAUAAAAUCAUCAGUUCAUAAACAAUUCGAUUAAUGAAAUGUAAGAGAAUUGCACGGAAAUUAGUUAACAAGUUAUUAUAUGCUUGGUAAAAACAAUUUCGUACAAAGUUUUGAUAUUUAACACUAAAAGGUUUGCAUCAAAAUUUAAAAAACAACCUUAAAAAUGCCAUACAUUUUUAACAGCAAUUUUUAUAUGUUAAAAAUACAUGCGGAAAUAUGUAUAGAAAUUGUAUCGUGUCUACCGGGCUUUAGAGAAUCCUUUGCGUGAAAAUGUCUACUCCCAUGGAUUUACAAUAAAAAUUUGAUAAUCGCGAUACUAAAUCUUAAACAAGAAAAAAAAUUUGCAGCCAAAUAUUAAAAUAUACAUUUACGUCGUUUUAGUUUUUUUGUAAUAUAUUUUAUUAAAUUAAAAUUUAUAACGUGUUAUGUUGUUAUUGUAUACAGGGUAGCGCAUAACUUAUCCUCCAUAGAGCAACACGUGAUACUAUAAGCGAAGAAGCUUUGUUCAAUAAAUGUUAGCCGUUAAAAAAAUACAGGGCGUUCAUUUUCAAACGAUAGUUAUAAUUUCAGGAUAUUUACGGAGUGUUUAAGCGCCCUCUAGGAAUUAUUUUUACACUAAUACGAAAUCCGAUUUAUAACGAUCUUCGAAAACGCUAGUAAACUAAUUUUGAAUUUGAUAUAUGAUAUCUCCCCCCACGUUAAAAUUAUUGUAAUUUUUCGAAAUUUAAGUUUCAAUUUCAAAGCCGUGUGUCUUUUUGACGAUCAACAUUUCGCAUCGCAUUUGUCGAACAAGUCGUUUUGGUCGGAUUUAUUGUUGCCUUUUAGCAGAUAAGUUAUGAGACACACCGUAUACGUUAAAGAAAUAUUUAUUUAAUGAAAGGUUCCGAACUAACCGAUUUGGUUACCUUAAAUACGGAUUAAAAUUAUUUUACCCCACGAAUUUUUUAUUGUUUAGAAAAAGUCAACAAGUUAAAGUAAAAAUUUGGACUUGCGCAGAGUUCUAAAGCAACAACAACAACAAAUAUUUUUAUCGCCUGUUACCCACUUAGUGUAAAAAAAUAAUAAAUCUUUAUAUAAAUGUAUGUAUAAAACAGGAUAUUAAAAAAAAUAU